GCUAUUGAAAGCGGACAGACGAGCAGCCGGUCCUCCCUCUGACACCCUUCACCCCGGCGGUCCAGAGGCGCUCACUCCCAUCCCACACAGAGAACCAGUGCAUUCAGCCCUCAUCCAGACACAACUGACCCAGCACAGACAGCAUGUCUCAGCAUAGUCUGAUGUCAACACAGGAGAGGAAAAUGCAGGCAGCGGCUAUUUGUAGAGAAAUCCACGCCAACGACGAAGCAGAGAUGGACCUGGGUAAGAAAGUCAGCGCACCAAAGGAGAUCAUGUUGGAGGAACUUUCCCUGGCUUCAAACAGGGGCUCACGUCUCUUCAAGAUGCGUCAGAAGCGCUCCGAGAAAUACACAUUUGAGAGUAUUCAGAAUGAAGUCAACGUACAGCACAGUACUGAUGCUGUUUUUCCUGGUCCAAGUGCUGAGAUGACAAACAUUUUAAGUGAUGAAAACUGUCUUGGAGUUGAUCAGGCACCAAAUACGCUCAAUCCUGACAAUAUUGCUCCAGGUUACGGUGGUCCCUUGAAGGAUGUUCCAGCAGAGAAGUUCAACUGUACAGCAAUGCCCAAAUCCUACCAGUCUCCCUGGGAGCAAGCCCUCACCAGUGACCCUGCCCUGGCCCAAACACUGCUGGCCCGCGUCCCUGAACCCGAGAGCACACAGCAGAUCCCUCAAUACAAGAGCUUCAACAGGGUGGCCAUUCCAUUUGGCGGUUUCGGCAAGGCUCCCAAAGUCCCUGUUAAAUCUGUAGAUGUGGAUCCAGGACUCGUCGUUCCCCGUCCCGCAGCCGAAGUCCCUGCUAUUGUCAAGCGACCCACUUUCAACAGGACGGCCUCAGGAUGGGUCACCGACAGCGGCCCUCUGACCCUUCCCAGCAUCCCUCUGGAGCCCAUUUCAUCCAUGUCUUCUACAUUCAUCCCCGAGUCUGAUGACCUCUGAACUUUAGUCUUGCUUACAUGAGCUUGUCUCUUAUUCACUACCAGUCUAAAGUUUAAUAAUUAGGAUUAACAGGAUUCGUAAUGUCUUUGAAAGAAGACUCAUCAAUAUGGAAGUUUGUUCUGCCAACGAAGAAAAAGCUAACUCUGACUUUUUGGCUGCGUCCGAAAUCACGUACUUCCCUACUGGAUAGUGUGUGAAAAACAGUAUGCGAGCCGAGUAGUAUUCGAAAAAUCAGUAUGCGAGAAAUACCCGGAUGACCGACUACUUCCGACUAGAUUCUGAAAUUGGACGCUGCACUAUCCCAAGAUGCAAUGCGAGAGAAUUCAUGAAUGGGAGUAAAGCAAUGCAAGGGUAGGUCAUGUAAUAAUGAUAUAAUAAUAUAAUGAUAUGUAUAAUAAUUCCACUCAAACUACUCACAUUCAUACUAUAUAGAAGGUGUAGUAAAUUCAAAUUAAAAUGUAGUACCUAGUCGAGUAGUAGGCGAUUUCAAACGCAGCCUUUAUGUCAGAAUUGAGACUUUUAUUCUGAGAAUUGUAAGAUUAUAAACUCAAAAUUGUGAGUAAUAAAGUCAGAAUUGUGAGAUGUGAAUUCUCAAUUCUAAGUUAUGAAUUAUCUUAAGUAAUAACUCUGAGAUAAAAUGUUGCAAAUAUGAGUUUUAAAGUAAGAUUUUUGACUUCGCAACUCAGAAUAUUGAGUUUAAAUCUUUCAAUCCUGAGAAAAAACGUCAGAAAUCUAAAAAAGUCACAAUUUUGUGUUAUAAAGUCAGAAUUCUGACAUAAUAACUGAAUUUUGAGUUUAUAUCUCACAAUUCUGAGAAAAAGAAAAGUCAGAAUUUUGAGAUAAAAGAUGUCAGAAAAAAAUGUCAGACUUCACAACUAAUAAUUGCGACUCAUUUUGGCUGUACAUCUCUCAAUUCUGAUAAAAAAGGUCAGAAUUCUGAGAUAAAAAGUCACAAAAAAAGUUCUGACUAUAUAAUUUGGAAUUGUGACUUUUUAAUCACAGAAAUCUGACUUUAUAACUCAAAUUUGUUGCUUUUUAUUUCAGAAUUUUGUAAAAAAAUAAAAAAAAAAUAAAUAAAUAAAUAAAGAUUUCAGAAUUUUAAGAUUUAAAAGCUUCUGACUUUAUUCAGCAGGCACAAGACAUCAACCUGACGUCAGAUUGACGCUGUACCCCCAACAUCAUGUGGACAUUGCAUUUUGUUUGGAAAUGAAAAUUGCGUUGACGUCAGAACCCGACGUCAGGCCGACGUCAAUGUCCAACGUCUAGCUUAACAUCAUCCAAAGAUAAAAUGAUGUUGCAGCUUGACCUGUGUGAACGUUACCAAUAUGACGUCUAUCAGACGUUGGAUUUUGGUUGCCAUACCAGACAAAUAAAUGAAAUCAACAUGAUGUUGGUUUAAGAUGUUGGCUCAAAAUAUCAACAUUAUUUGAAGUCGUUUUUGGGCAUCAAAAUAAUGUUGUCCUUAGACACUGGCUAGACGUUGAUUUUUGGUCACCUGACAUCACAAUCUAACCUAAUAUUAACAUCUUAUGACAUUGUGCGCCUGCUGGGUAUAACUCGCUAUUGCACCUUUUUUAAACCCGAAACUGCGACUGUCUCAGAAUUCUGACUUUUCAUCUCAAAAUCUCAAAAUUCUGACAUUAUAAAACAAUUUUGAGUUUACAUCUCACAAUUCUGAGAAAAAAGUCACAAAACAGUUUUGACUUCAUAACUCAUGAUUGCAACUUUUUUACCUCAAAAUUCUGACUUUAUAAUUCCUAAUUUUAAGUUUAAAUGUCUCAAUUCUGAGCAAAAAUGUCAGCGUGUUCUCGUAAAAUGUUUGCGUUCUGAGAAAAUGCAGCACAUUUUACUAGUUGUUUGCAUUAUGGGAAAAUGCAGUGCGAUUCUUUGUUCUUUGUAAUUGCAUGUUUCCUUAAAUUGCAGCAUGUGAAGCUCUUUCGGCGACCGUAGAAUUCUGAGAUGAAAAAAGUUCUGACUUUAUAACUCAAAAUUGUGACUGUUUUAUAACAAAAUUCUGACUUUUUAACUCAGAAUUUUGAGAUAAAAAGUUGCCAAAAUUCUGACUUUAUCACUCAUAAUAGCGACUUUUUUAUCACAUAAUUCAGAUUUUAUAACUCAUAAUUCUCAAAUCUGAGAAAAAUGUUUAAGUCUGAGAUAAAAAAUAACCCAUAAAUUAUAACUAAAGUCUGUAUUCUAAGAUUAAAAAGACGCAAUAACCUUUUUAUUAUUAUUUAGUAGCGGAAAUGAACUUUCAUACUUCAGGGCUAUAUUUAUAUCAAUAAAAUACACUAGAAAUAGUAAUAAUUUUAAUGAUUAGUGCAAUUUAAUAUAACUGGUUUCUCUUUAAAUAUAUUUUAAUUUCUAAUUUAUUCCUGUGAUGCAAAGCUAAAUUUUCUGCAUCAUUGCUAUAUUCUUCAGUGUCCCAUAAUCCUUCAGAAGUCAUUCAAAAAAUUCUGAUUUGAUUAUCAAAAAAAGAUGUAUUAUUAAUGUCAAAACUGUUUAUUAUCUUUUGUUAAAGCCACUAAAUUCUUCAAAACAUUUGGAUGGUACCGUAAAACAGAGGUAUACACUACAAUGUAGUAAAUUUACCAUAGUGAAAAACAAAGUAACACAAUGGCAUUUCUGUUUUAGAAAUGUCGAGCUCUACCAGUUUACAAAGCUGAAGGAGACUGAAAGAGCUUUAGAAAAGAGUUUGUUUAUUUAGACAUGUAAAUAUGUAUUUAUGAAGGGCUGUGAGAUCCAUGUUUAUUUAAAUUAUUAAAUAAAGAAAACAUUCACUGAA